GGUGGGCGCGGUGCGAGCCUGUCCUUGUCGCUCAGGUACCCCAGCACCAUGUCGUCCCCGGCGUCUACCCCGAGCCGCCGCGGUAGCCGGCGCGGGCGUGCCACCCCUGCCCAAACGCCCCGAAGUGAGGAAGCCAGGUCAUCUCCCUCUCAGAGACGUAGAGGUGAAGAUUCCACCUCCACAGGAGAGCUGCAGCCCAUGCCCACCUCGCCAGGAGCUGACCUGCAGAGCCCUGCCGCUCAGGAUGCCUUGUUUUCCAGCCCUCCUCAGAUGCACUCUUCAGCUAUUCCUCUGGACUUUGAUGUUAGCUCACCCCUGACAUAUGGCACUCCCAGCUCUCGGGUGGAGGGAACCCCAAGAAGUGGGGCUAGGGGCACACCAGUGAGGCAGAGGCCUGACCUGGGCUCUGCACGUAAGGGUCUGCAAGUGGACUUGCAGUCUGAUGGGACAGCAGCAGAAGAUAUAGUAGCAAGUGAACAGUCUCUAGGCCAAAAACUUGUCAUCUGGGGAACAGAUGUAAAUGUGGCAACAUGCAAAGAAAAUUUUCAGAAAUUUCUUCAGCGUUUUAUUGACCCUCUGGCUAAAGAAGAAGAAAAUGUUGGCAUAGAUCUUACUGAACCUUUGUAUAUGCAACGACUUGGAGAGAUUAAUGUUAUUGGAGAGCCAUUUUUAAAUGUAAACUGUGAACACAUGAAAUCAUUUGACAAAAAUUUGUAUAGGCAGCUUAUCUUCUACCCACAGGAGGUUAUCCCAACCUUUGACAUGGCUGUCAAUGAAAUUUUCUUUGACCGUUACCCUGACUCUAUUUUAGAACAUCAGAUUCAAGUAAGACCAUUCAAUGCAUUGAAGACAAAGAACAUGAGAAACUUGAAUCCAGAAGACAUUGACCAGCUCAUCACCAUCAGUGGCAUGGUCAUCAGAACAUCACAGCUGAUACCUGAGAUGCAGGAGGCCUUCUUCCAGUGCCAAGUGUGUGCCCACACCACCCGGGUGGAGAUGGACCGCGGCCGCAUUGCUGAGCCCUGUGUCUGUGGGCGCUGCCACACUACCCACAGCAUGGCGCUGAUCCACAACCGCUCCCUGUUUUCCGACAAGCAGAUGAUCAAACUUCAAGAGUCUCCUGAAGACAUGCCUGCGGGGCAGACACCUCACACUGUUGUCCUGUUUGCUCACAAUGAUCUUGUGGACAAGGUUCAGCCUGGGGACAGAGUGAAUGUCACAGGCAUCUAUAGAGCAGUGCCUAUUCGAGUCAAUCCAAGAGUGAGCAACGUGAAGUCUGUUUACAAAACCCACAUUGAUGUCAUUCAUUAUCGAAAAACGGAUGCAAAACGCCUGCAUGGCCUUGAUGAAGAAGCAGAACAGAAGCUUUUUUCAGAGAAACGUGUGGAAUUGCUGAAGGAACUUUCCAGGAAACCAGACAUUUAUGAGAGACUGGCUUCAGCUUUGGCUCCCAGCAUUUAUGAACACGAAGAUAUAAAGAAGGGAAUCCUACUUCAGCUCUUUGGUGGAACAAGGAAAGAUUUCAGUCACACAGGAAGGGGUAAAUUUCGAGCCGAAAUCAACAUCCUUCUGUGCGGUGACCCUGGUACCAGCAAGUCCCAGCUGCUGCAGUAUGUGUACAACCUGGUCCCCAGGGGCCAAUACACGUCUGGAAAGGGUUCCAGUGCAGUUGGCCUCACAGCCUAUGUUAUGAAAGACCCUGAAACCAGACAACUGGUCCUGCAGACAGGUGCCCUUGUCCUGAGUGACAAUGGCAUCUGCUGCAUUGAUGAGUUCGACAAGAUGAAUGAAAGUACAAGAUCAGUGCUGCAUGAGGUGAUGGAGCAGCAGACUCUCUCCAUUGCAAAGGCUGGAAUCAUCUGUCAGCUUAAUGCACGAACCUCUAUACUGGCUGCAGCAAAUCCCAUCGAAUCUCAAUGGAAUCCUAAAAAAACAACCAUUGAAAAUAUUCAGCUACCUCACACAUUGUUGUCAAGGUUUGAUUUGAUCUUCCUCAUGCUGGACCCUCAGGAUGAGGCAUAUGAUAGGCGUUUGGCUCACCACCUGGUAGCACUGUAUUAUCAGAGUGAGGAGCAGGUGGAGGAGGAGUUCUUGGACAUGACAUUGCUGAAAGACUACAUCGCAUAUGCUCACAGCACCAUCAUGCCACAGCUGAGUGAAGAGGCCAGCCAGGCUCUAAUUGAGGCUUAUGUAGACAUGAGGAAGAUCGGUAGCAGCCGAGGAAUGGUGUCUGCAUACCCUAGACAGCUGGAGUCAUUAAUUCGCUUAGCAGAAGCUCAUGCUAAAGUAAGAUUUUCAACCAAAGUUGAAGCAAUUGAUGUGGAAGAAGCAAAACGCCUCCACCGGGAGGCUCUGAAGCAGUCUGCAACUGAUCCCCGGACUGGCAUUGUGGACAUAUCUAUUCUUACUACAGGAAUGAGUGCCACUUCUCGUAAACGAAAAGAAGAAUUAGCAGAAGCAUUGAGAAAACUUAUUUUAUCUAAGGGCAAAACGCCAGCUCUAAAAUAUCAGCAACUUUUUGAAGAUAUUCGGGGACAAUCUGACAUAGCAAUUACCAAAGAUAUGUUUGAAGAAGCCCUGCGUGCCUUGGCUGAUGAUGACUUCUUGACAGUGACUGGCAAAACUGUUCGCUUGCUGUGAGGCCUGUUGUAAGCCAUGCUGCUUGUAUGUGACCCACAGGGUCAGUUCCUGCUGCCAUCAAUGCAAAUAGAUUCUGAAGG